ACCCCGCCUACUCACGGCGCUCAGUGUGAGGCGGAGAGUGCAGAGCUUUGCUGUUUGCUGUUGAAUUGCUUUAACUCCACUUCUGUUUCGGGUGUUGUGCGUCUAUUCAAAUGAAGCUCCUCCUCCUGCAGUGAAGCUCCUCCUCCUCCAGUUCAGCUGUAAACACUGUGAUAUUCCCAUCAGGCUCCAGUGAAGAGUUUAUUGAAGGACAGCGAGAACAUGAGUGAUCCAGAACCCUGCAGAAUUAAACAUGAAGACACUGAACAACAAAUAGACCCAAUUGAAGAGUAUGAGGAGAUUAAAGAGGAGGAACAUCAUGUCAAAAUUGAGGAAAAUCAUUUACAGACUGAUGAUAUUUUCAAAAGGAGAGACAAGAAUAGUUUUACCUGCACUCAGUGUGGAAAGAGUUUUGAAAGUAAAAGCAGCCUCAAGAUUCACAUGAGGAUCCACACUGGAGAGAAACCAUUCACAUGCACUGAGUGUGGAAUGAGUUUCAGCCACACAUCAAACCUUAAUCAGCACAUGAGGAUCCACACUGGAGAGAAACCAUACAUGUGCACUCAGUGUGGGAAGAGUUUCAGCCAAUCAUCAGAUGUUAAUAAACACAUGAGGAUCCACACUGGAGAGAAACCGUUCACAUGCACUCAGUGUGGGAAGAGUUUCAGCCACGCAUCAACCCUUAACCAACACAUGAAGAUCCACACUGGAGAGAAACCAUACAUGUGCACACAGUGUGGCAAAGGUUUUAACCAAUCAUCAGACGUUAUUAAACACAUGAGGAGCCAUACUGGCGAGAAACCAUUCACAUGCACUCAGUGUGGGAAGAGUUUCAGCCAAUCAUCAAACCUUAAUAAACACAUGUGGAGCCACACUGGGGAGAGACCAUACACAUGCACUCAGUGUGGGAAGAGUUUCAGCCAGUCAUCAGACGUUACUAAACACAUGUGGAGCCACACUGGAGAGAAACCAUUCACUUGUACUCAGUGUGGGAAGAGUUUCAGCCACUCAUCAAAUCUCAAUAAACACACGAUGAUCCACACUGGAGAGAAACCAUUCACAUGCACUCAGUGUGGGAAGAGUUUCAGGCGAUCAUCACACCUUAAUAAACACAUGAAGAUCCACAUAUACGUGCUUUGAGUGUGAAAAGGCUUUCAUUACAGCUGAAGAGUUGAAACUGCAUCAGAGGAUUCACAUGGGAGAGAAACCUUACAAGUGUUAACAAUGCAAAAAGAAAUUAAGAGAUUUGAAAACUGAGAUCUGAAAACACAUGAGAGGAUUCACAAUGUGGACAAACCAUAGACAUGAUCAGUGUCAAUUAGAGAUGCUCAUAUUGACCGUAUAUCUGGCGGAUACAUCUGUACAGCUCUGCUGCUCCACUCUCCAGUGUGUUCAUGUGGCUAGUGUUGUUGUUUUAGAUGAUGUUCUCUGUUUGACUCCCUGAAUGAGAAACAAAUCACUGGGUAGACACCGCACAUCAAUAAAGGUGGAGCUCCAGGACAGUUAGUUUGCAGUAUACCAGGGCCUCAAGUUUAGAAAGCCUAUUCAUCCAUCCUGUGUUGCUUCUUUUAUUAAUCAGGUUUCUUUACUUUCAGGUUGAAGAUUAUUUCUACUUUACUACAUUUGCUUUUUGUGAGUAGAAUACAAACUUGAUGAAUAUUUUGUGAUUUAGGCAGAGCGACAGGUAUUAAGUUUUACAAUAUUAAUACACUGUGAUGAUCCCAAGACUCCAGAUUGGAGCAUGUGGUAGAUCCUGAUUGGAUGCCUGCAUUACUCAUCAAAGGGUAUAUAAGAGUUGUUGUGCUACCCCAGGACACUGUGGCUACUCAGGAGUCCUCAUGUCAAGACCUGCCAUCUCACUGACUCUUUAACCUCAUGGUUUUGUUUUGCAUUACUUGUAUCAUGUAGUUAAAGUGUUGUUGUGAUUAUACCCUAAGUUCUUUAUCUUCAUUAUCCCUAGACAUCUGUUGGUUGUUUUGUUUGAUUGUUCUAUGAUUUAUAUUUCAUAAUAAAUAAUUUGCAUUCAGGCUA